UUGAAGAUGGCGGCCUUAUUUGCACGCUACGGGAACUGGAGAAUAAGCCGGGCAGCAACAUGCUUGAGAACUUUGAGGGUCUCGGGGCAAUCAACUAACAAGAUGCUCGAUCGCUAUAUCAGAGAUGUUGCCUCACGCACUUAUUCAACGACUGGGUUAUACCGAAGGGUGAACUUUGGAAGACCAAGAAACUUUAAAAUGUACAGUGGUGUUAGGCACGAACUGUCGCCUUGGAUCAAAGGAGCGAGAUGUUUUUCGUUAUUCGGAUCACAAAGUUCCUCCCCAAGUCCAGAUAACACAGAACUCUUGCAAGAAGAGAAUGUCACAAAUCCAUUUGUACAAGAGAAUGAGUCAGGAUCAGUAUUAGAGUCCAUGGCCACAGGAAGCGAAAUGUUUAAUGAUUUGGCAGAUACCCUCACCUCUGUUGGCGAGCCGAGCUUGGCAAGUUUAGGAUUAGGUGGCUGGGGUCCAACCGGCAUCAUUCAACAAGGCCUGGAGUUUAUCCAUGUUACUGGGGGUCUCUCAUGGUGUGCCUCCAUAGCUGUGACAACAGUGUGCAUACGUCUCCUGCUUCUUCCUCUGAUUGUCAAGUCACAGGCCAACACAGCUCGACUGAACAAUGCACGGCCAGAGUUACAGGAGGUAGAGCUUAAAAUGAGAGAGCUGUCAAACUCUACUGAUUCAGCAGCACAAGCACAAGCUUCUGCAAUGCUGGGAAAAAUUUACCGUGAGAACAACUGUCACCCUGUUAAGAGUUUAUUGGCCAUUGUUGCCCAGUUUCCUGUUUUCAUCUCAUUCUUUUUUGCAAUCAGAGGAAUGGCUAAUUUACCGGUAGAAUCAUUCAAGACAGGAGGAUAUCUUUGGUUUCAAGACCUAACAUUAUGUGAUCCAUAUUAUGUAUUACCUAUCAUGUGCAGUUUUUCCAUGCUGGCAUCAUUAGAAUUAGGUGGCGAGGUUGGAGUCAGGACUCCCCAUAUGGAGACAAUGAAGACAGUCUUUCGCAUAAUGGCUGUUGCACUGAUCCCUUUCACAGCACAUUUUCCAGCAGCCAUUUUUUGUUACUGGGUAACAUCCAACUUGUUUACAAUUGUUCAAGUGGGAUUUUUAAAGAGCCCUUCAGUAAGGAGAGCUUUAGGAAUCCCUGAAAUGAUAAAACAUGAAAAUCUACAAGAUGCUGGAAGCUUUUUUGAGAACUUGAAGGCUGGGUUUCAAAAUUCACAAGAAGAAGGAAAACUGAGGCAUGCAGAGAAAAUGAAGAGACAGAGAUUGAAGGCCUUGGGAGAAGCCCCCUUGGAAGCAACAUAUGAGUUCAAUCCCAGGAUUGAACAGAACCAGGAGAUUCUCAGUUUGUCUGACAGUGAAAAAAAGAGUGACAAACGUGGAAGGAACAGAAGAAGAAUGUUGGAGAGACUGGAGAAACCAGCUCCUCAAACUGACCUUAGGAUUAAAUUCAACCAGGAGUACUUCAGUGCCAAAGCUCAUCAACAAGCAAAAGAAAAAGAGUGAAAAUGCAAGGGGGAACAGUCUCUUUGAGGCUCUCAGUCAGGGAAGUUGAGACAUGUGCCUGACUUUUCUUUUUUCACAACUGACUGGGAGUCUGGCUCAAAUUUCAAGCAAUACAGCCAUGUGACCAACAUACUGAGUUACCAAGGCCUGAAUAUGUUUUUGAUUAACAGCUGAAGGUGAUGCACAGCAGAGUAUACUCUGAUGUCUUUGGCCUUUAUUGACUUGUACAUUUACCAACUAUUUGUUUUAAAGAGAAGCUUACAUAACAUGUAGUCCAUAGUGUGAUUUAAAUGCUCCCAAGAACUGGAUUUCUUAAAGGUUUUUGAUGUGAAAGGUUUUCAAAGGUUGCAGCAUAAGAACAAAGAGGUCAGAGGUCACAACUCAAGUUGUCCAAACCCAGCUUUGAACAACACUGCCUUGUACAAUAUUGUGCAAUAGUGUAACUGUUAACUGGUUAUGAUAUCAAGUUUUUUUCUUCACCAUUGUAAACUUGUGCAAACAAAAAAAAAUGCUAGAAUUCA